AUGUUGGAAGAGGAGUGCGAUCUUACCCUUCAAGCAAUUAUGCGAGAGAUGGAGCAAUUAUUUGAUAGAAAACUUGAACCGAUUGAAGAUCGAUUAUAUCGAGUCGAGACACGAGAACCACGUGAGAUGACUCCGGAAGGUGCAACACGAGAGCGAGAACGUCCAAUCCAAGAUCCUUAUGAAGCAAGUGAACAAGAAAGUGAUCAUUCAUCUGCCCGAAGUGUACGACGUCGAGGCCGUCAACGACAACGAGGUCCUAGAGAUCGUGAUCGACCCGAUGACAAUCUUAAGGAUAUCAAGAUGACAAUUCCACCAUUCCAAGGUAAGAAUGACCCUGAAGCUUUUUUGGAGUGGGAAAAGAAGAUUGAGCUUGUUUUUGAUUGCCACAACUAUUCAGAGAGUAAAAAGGUGAAACUCGCGGCAAUUGAGUUUUCUGAUUAUGCCAUAGUGUGGUGGGACCAGCUUGUAACAAGUCGACGACGAAAUCGUGAAACACCCAUCUCUACUUGGGGAGAAAUGAAAUCAGUCAUGCGGAAAAGAUUUAUUCCAUCAUACUACCAUCGAGAUCUUUAUCAACGACUUCAAAACCUUACUCAAGGAAAUAGAAGUGUUGAAGUUUAUUAUAAGGAGAUGGAGAUAGCGAUGAUUCGAGCUGGUAUCGAGGAGGAUCGAGAGGCAACCAUGGCUAGGUUCCUUGCGGGUUUAAAUCGUGACAUUGCCAACAUAGUUGAACUACAACACUAUGUUGAAGUGAUGGACAUGGUUCACAUGGCGAUUAAGGUUGAAAAGCAACUUAAGCGAAAAGGAGUUAGUAGACCCUAUGCUAAUUCUUCAACCAACAAAUGGACUCAAGGAGUCAACAAAACCCCAAUUAGAACAAAGGAGCCGACUGUAGUAGUUAAAUCAAAUCAGCCCGUUGGAGAGACAAGUCGAAAUAAAAAUGAGCAAGUGCCAAAUCGCACGAGAGACAUAAGAUGUUUCAAGUGUCAAGGCCGUGGGCACAUAGCUAGUCAAUGUCCCAAUCGACGUAUUAUGGUGAUAAGAGAUGAUGGAGAAGUUGAGUCAGAGGAAGAGGAUGAAAAUAAACCUGAAAUGCCAUCCGAUGAUGAAGAUUUAGAGUUACCCGUUGAAGGAGAAAUUCUUGUGGUGAAGCGUAGCCUCGAUUAUUCAAAGUCUAGUAUUAUGUUGGUGGAAAAGCUAGGUUUGGCUACAACUAAACAUCCAACUCCAUACAAGUUGCAAUGGCUAAAUGAUGGAGGUGAGCUGAAAGUAACAAAACAAGCUGUGGCGGCAUUUUCUAUUGGAAAGUACCAAGAUGAAGUGGUGUGCGAUGUAGUUCCUAUGCAUGCGGGACAUCUACUUUUGGGACAUCCAUGGAAAUUUGAUAGGCGCGUGAUCUAUGAUGGUUAUACAAAUCGCUAUACAUUCAAGCAUCAAGGCAAGAAUGUAACUUUAGCGCCAUUGACUCCAAAGCAAGUGUACCAAGAUCAAUUGAAGUUGAAAGAAAAGAUUGAAAAAGAGAGAGACAAGAAAAAUGAAAAAAAGAAAGAAAAAAUAGAAGGAGUGGAGGUAAAAGUACGAGAGGAACAAGAAAGUCAAAAAGAAAUUGAAAAUUGCCAAGCUAUCAAAAAAAUUACCGUCAAAUACCGUCAUCCCAUUCCUAGACUUGAUGAUAUGUUAGACGAGCUUAGUGGAGCAAAAUUGUUCUCUAAGAUUGAUCUGAAAAGCGGCUAUCAUCAAAUUCGUAUGCGGGAGGGGGAGUGGAAGACUGCGUUUAAGAUUAAAUACGGUUUGUAUGAGUGGUUAGUGAUGCCUUUUGGCCUCACCAAUGCACCGAGUACUUUCAUGAGGUUGAUGAAACACGUUUUGAGGUCUUUCAUUGGUCGUUUUUGCGUAGUUUAUUUUGACGAUAUUUUAAUUUACAGCAAAUCAUUAACUGAACAUCUUGAACAUUUGCAUGCUAUUUUGAAGGUUUUACGAAAGGAAGUAUUGUAUGCAAACCUUAAGAAAUGUAACUUUUGUACUGACAAAGUUGUUUUUCUAGGUUUUGUUGUAAGUGCGAAUGGACUAGAGGUGGACCAAGAGAAGAUUAAAGCAAUACAAGAAUGGCCACGACCGAAUAACAUCAGCCAAAAAAAUUCACCUUUUAUUUGGUCUGAUGAACAAGAAUCUGUUUUUGUUAAAAUCAAAGAUUGUUUGACUAAUGCUUCACUUUUAUGUUUGCCGGAUUUUAACAAAAUUUUCGAGGUGGAAUGUGAUGCUUCUGGAAUAGGAAUAGGUGCGGUUUUAAUGCAAGAUGGGCGACCGAUGGCUUAUUUUAGCGAGAAACUUAAUGGAGCUACGCUCAAUUAUCCCACCUAUGACAAAGAAAUGUACGCAUUGAUACGCACAUUAGAAACAUGGCAGCAUUACCUUUGGCCUAAAGAGUUCGUUAUACACACGGACCAUGAGGCUUUGAAGCAUUUGAGAGGGCAAACUAAGCUUAACAAACGACAUGCAAAAUGGGUAGAAUUCUUAGAAUCCUUUCCAUAUGUGAUUAAGUAUAAGCAAGCACAUAGUGGGGGUUUAAUGGGACAUUUUGCUACCAAGUUUUCACCAUUUGAGGUAGUGUAUGAAUUUAAUCCCUUAACUCCAUUGGAUUUAUUGCCUUUACCUUCUGAUAAAUUGGUGCAUGUAGAUGGAAAGAAAAAGGCAGAUUUUGUGAAACAAUUACAUCAACGAGUUAGGGAUAAUAUUGAACGAAGAACAGAGCAAUAUGCUCAUCAAGUUAACAAGGGCCGUAAACGAGUAAUAUUUGAACCUGGUGAUUGGGUUUGGAUUCACAUGCGCAAGGAGAGAUUUCCCGUUCAAAGACAUUCCAAGCUUUUACCACGAGGAGAUGGACCUUUUCAAGUCUUGGAGAGGAUUAAUGAUAACGCUUAUAAGUUAGAUUUACCUGGUGAGUAUGGGGUUAGUGCUACUUUUAAUGUUGCUGAUUUAUCCCCUUUUGAUGUAGGUGACGAUUUGGGAGCAAAUCGCCUCGAAGAGGGGGGGAAUGAUGCAAGGUUAGCUCGGGAAAUUACUACUGAAUCCAUUGAGCUGCCACGAGGGCCAAUAACUCGAUCACGAGCUAAGAGAUUUCGAAAUGCAAUAGCAAGCUAUGAGGAACGAGAUUGGGAAGAGCAAGUGGUCGAAUUCGAUAGUCAUGCUUCGAACUGUUCAAAAAGCGUUACUUGCAAUUUAUUACAAGCUGAAUUUGUUUCUUUUAAUUAA